AAACAAAAACACACCAAUUCUUCAUCUUCUCCAUUUCGUAAUUCGUACACUUCACUCCCAAGUCCCUCUCUACCCACCACAACCACUGAAACCAUCGAUCUUUGAGAGAUUCUGUAAUUGAUGAAAUAGCUUCGAAGAUGAAGAAGUUAAAGAGCUAUUAUAUGCAAGUUCGUCACCAGCAACAAUCUCUAGACCGGAGAUGGAUUCUUCCAUUAGCGAUUGGAUCCAUUUGUUCUCUCUUUCUCUUAUUGCUCACGAACUUAGCUUCUUCUUCUAGUCAAACUCGUUUGAUUCCUUUCUCUGUCUACGGCUUUAGAUCCUCCUCCGUCUUCGUCGAAUCCAAGAUCAAUCCAUUAUCCGUUUCAGUUUCCGUCUCCGUCUCUCCUCCGCCGCCGCCACGUCUCGCUUACCUCAUCUCCGGUUCUUCCGGAGAUGGCCAGAUGCUCAAACGGACUUUAAUGGCGCUUUACCACCCGAACAACCAGUACGUUGUUCAUCUCGAUCGGGAAUCUUCACCGGCGGAACGAUUGGAUCUCAGUGGUUUUGUGGCGAAUCAAACUCUGUUUCAGAGAUUUCAAAAUGUUCGAAUGAUUGUUAAGGCUAAUUUCGUUACUUAUCGUGGUCCGACUAUGGUGGCUAAUACGCUUCACGCUGCGGCGAUUUUGCUUCGUGAAGGUGGAGAUUGGGAUUGGUUUAUCAAUCUCAGUGCUUCUGAUUAUCCUCUCGUAACUCAAGAUGAUCUGUUGCAUACGUUUUCGUAUCUGCCUCGGGAUCUCAAUUUCAUCGAUCAUACGAGCAACAUUGGCUGGAAAGAGUCUCAUCGAGCAAAGCCGAUAAUUAUUGAUCCUGGUUUGUAUAUGUCAAAGAAAGCAGAUGUUUUCUGGGUUUCACAGAAGAGAAGUAUGCCUACAGCUUUCAAACUCUUCACAGGAUCUGCGUGGAUGAUGUUGUCUAGACCAUUUGUCGAUUAUUUCAUAUGGGGAUGGGACAAUCUUCCACGAAUCAUGUUAAUGUACUAUUCAAACUUCCUCUCCUCACCAGAAGGCUACUUCCACACCGUGAUCUGCAACGCUCGAGAGUUUACCAACACAACAGUAAACAGUGACCUGCAUUUCAUCUCAUGGGACAAUCCUCCGAAGCAACAUCCUCACCAUCUCACACUCGAUGAUUUCCAGAGAAUGGUGGACAGUAACGCUCCUUUCGCUAGAAAAUUCCGUAGAGAUGAGCCUGUUCUCGAUAAGAUUGAUUCGGAACUCUUGUCGCGGAGUCACGGGAUGGUCACUCCGGGUGGUUGGUGUAUUGGUACGAGGGUAAACGGGAGCGAUCCGUGUGCGGAGAUUGGUGAUACUUCGGUCAUUAAACCUGGUCUUGGAGCUAAACGGGUCGAGAAACUCGUAACCUAUUUGUUAUCAACAGAGAAUUUCAGACCACGGCAAUGCAGGAGGUAAUGGCAAAUUAGAAUUUGUCUGGCUACGUGGUUUUCUGACACAAAUGAAGUGUGUGAUGAUGAACCAAUACUCUGAUGGUUGUAUAGAUAGAUCUUUUUGUAAUUUCUUACUUCCGGGAAAGUGACGAAAUUUUCAUGAAGAAAAUUUGAUUAUUGAAUUUGUUUUCUA